AUGAACAUUUUUCUUGAACCAACCAUCACAACACGAAUGGACAUUUUCGACUUUUGCAUAUUGGUGAAAGGUGCUGACCUUCCCCUUUAUCAGUUCAACACUGAAACCAACUCCACACAAAUCAUGAAGCAAGACCGACAAGUCAUUGCUUCAGGCUCUCAUGUCUCGUGUUCUCUUUUGUCGACACAGACCAUAACAAUUUAUCCUAAUCCACACAAGUAUCCUGAACCAGGUUGGAAUUUUCAAUAUUUCAAUGGUUAUUAUUGUCCAAGGAAUGGACUAUCCAAUUUUGUUGGAAAUCCAAUGUACAAACUCAUGGUUGGUUAUGACCAUAUUAUCAUGAUCAGUGCUGAAAGUAGUGUCAGUGGUAACAAUGUAACUGUGAAACAAGUGUUAUAUGGAAAAGGAAACAAUCUUGACGGAGCUUUGGCCAUCGAUCGGUUUGAUAAUCCUAAAAAUGGUCCUUAUUGGGCGAAUACGACCUAUACGAUCAAAUGGGGAUCUGCUGUUCGACUUUAUCAAAUUGAGAAUUUGUUGACGAAUCGAACCUUGGAAAAUAACAUGUCACCAUUAAGGACCAUGACCUAUGUGGAUUGGAAUGUUCCAACGAUUGAUGAUGUCAAUUAUCACUACUUUGCUGAGAAUAAUAUUUUACAGAACAUUCAUACAUGUUAUGCAAAUAGUUUUUUGAUUUUGAAGAAUGGAGAAAUUUAUGGAUUUGGUUCAAAUGCCUUCAAGUCCAUGGGUUUAAUCGAUGAAAAUUUUAAAGUGAAUUCUCCAACUCGAUUAAGCACUUUGGAAUCUCUCUUGAAGAUCAAUGGUGAUUGGGUGGAUACUCUCUAUUGUGGAUAUUCCUCUGUUUUCAUUGUUACCAUACAAAAAAGAGUCAUUGGUUUUGGAAGAAAUGAUGUGAAUCAAUUAGGAUUGGGAUUGGAUUAUGUUGGACAAAAUUCUCUCUUACCAAUGGUGCAUCCAUUUCUGACGAAUUACAUUCAACAAACCUCUCCAGUGAAAGCAUUUUCAUUUGGAUUGAAUUUCACAGCUGUACUCUUUCAAGAUGGAUCUGUAUAUUGUGCUGGAUUGAAUUUAAAUCAUCAAUGUGGCUUGGGAAUUAGUGAUCCCAUUAUUCACCAUUUCACACAAAUUCCAUUACCACUGAAAGUGGUCAAGAUGACAACAACUGCCUAUGCCUUGUUUUUAGGAACAGAAUCUGGUGACUUGUAUGUCAAUGGUGCAAAUGUUGGAUUUGUUUUAGGUUUGGGAAUUACGGAUGAAAAUGUAGUCGUAACCACUCCCACCAAAAUUCCAACUCUUCGAUCUUCUGAUUUUGAUAUUUCCACAGGCUAUCAACUCUUUCACGUCAUUUAUCAAAACGCCACAGCUGCAUAUGCAUGGGGUUCGAAUCAAUUCAAACAAUUAUCAUCUGUACUCACCGUUGGAGGUGAAGUUGUGUUUCCAUCGCCUACAAUCAUUCCAUUGACUUAUAUUGACCCAAUUUUGAGUGAAAUUCAAACCAAUAACAAGUGUGUGAUUGUGAACGGCCAAUCCAGCAAUGGAUGUGACACCGCAUCAUUCUUACAACGAGUAGAGCAUCAAACUGGAUUCAACACAACUUUUGGAAAGUUUAGAGCUUACUGUAGCACUUUGGGAGGAUACUAUAAUUAUUCAUCUUUGAAAUGCUCUUGCUAUCCAGGUUACACAGGAUUUGCAUGUCACCAAUUUGACAAUGCUUCUCAACUCGUUUGCAAUGCAUCGAAUGCUGACAAUUUUGCAAACCGUCCAAAUCAAUGUUAUUGUGGAACUGAAGGUUAUUAUGGAGAUCAGUGUCAAUUCGUAGCACCGAUUCGAUCUGUGAUCAGUUUUUCAAGAGGAAAGCUUCUUUCCAAAUUUGCUCCAAGUUCAAGACUAUUCGACUUUAACAAUUUGAGAAGUGGAGCUACCCACUCAAUGAUGACCUCUUUAUUGAACAAGCAAACAGUUUAUGUGUUUGGAUCGAACAAUAAUAUCUAUGGACAGUUUGGUAAUGGCAUUGCAAGCGCAAAUAUGCUGAUGGAUACCAUUCAACGAUCAGUCUUAUUUGAAAAAUUAGCUCUGAAAAUCAAUAGUAACAUUAGUGCAGUAUUUCCAAUGUAUCAACAAUCAGUGGUCUUGUAUAAUGAUGGAUCUCUCUAUCAAACCUCAAAGAUAUUUGUGAAUGGUUCAAAUAUCCUGUUCAUUGCCAACAAUGUCAAAUCAUUAUUUUGUUCUGGACAAACAUGUUUUUAUAUUGACACUAGCGGAACUCUAUUUGGUUUGUUUGACAAUCAGUUCAAUCAAUUGGGAUUGAGCGAUUACAAGACGAGAGGUACCUUUGAAUCUCAGCCAGUGAAGGUUUCUCUAUGGAAUAAUAACAUUCAUGGCAAAGUGACGAAAGUAUAUCCUUCAAAUAACUUCACUUUAUUUGUGAAUCAAUUUGGAACUGUUUUUGGAAUUGGCUCAAACAACAAUUUCCAGUUAGGUCUUGGACAUAGUAUGGAUAUUAAGGAUUACAUUGUUCCUCUGCUUGUUGAAUUGCCUGUUUUGGAUGUUAAAAAUAGCGAGCAAGCUACAUUCUUGCAAUUAAGUAAUUUUAAAUGGUACAUGAUGGGAAGAGAUUUGUUAAAUAUCGAUCCGAUUGAACAAUAUUUGAUUUAUCCAACAUUAUUGAACAACACAUUGGAUGAUGGAGAAUUUAUUUAUACCAUUAGAAAUGAUAUCGUCAUUACCAAGAAUAGAAAUGGUGUAUUCACACAAAUUUCAUCAUCACCACGAAAACCUCUCUCACAAGAAAACAGCACCACUCUUGUAGUGUCUGUCAUGGGAAAUGAUAUUUUAGGAAUUGUUGUUCCUACCAAUUCUCUUAAAAGUUCAAUUACAUGUCUCAGAGGAAGUUUCAAUCUUGCCACAGAUUCUUGCAUUUGUGACGAAGGUUAUACAGGAGCUAGUUGUAAUAUCACCCAAUGUGACACUGAUUGUGUGUCCAAUUAUGGAACCUCAUGCAUUGGUCCAAAUAUUUGUGCACCUCCUUCAUCAAACACACCAAUUGUUAAUGAAUUGAAUUUGUUUGGAAGUCCUCAAUACUUGAAUGGCGGAGAUGCAAGAUCGUCCAGUAUUUUCCUCAAUAAUGUCACCACAAAUGUCAUUGCUCAUGCAACUGGAGAAACAUUUUCUGUAUUCAUUCAGGAUGAUUUUAGAGCCAAGAGUUUGGGAGACAAUGUCUACGGAAUGCAUGGAAUUGGAGGGGCCAGUAAGAAUCCCUUGAUUGGCUUAACUCCAAACAACAUUCUUUUACUUCCAUUGAGAUAUCGUGGAGAAAACUUCAAAUCCAUCACUUCAGGAAAAAAUUUUGUAAUUGUUCUAACAGCAAAUGGAAAAUUGUUCAGUGUCGGAGAUAAUCAAUUUGGUCAAUUAGGAUUAGGAGACAGAACUCCGAGGUAUUUUUUAACACCCAUUGAUUCUCUUGCUUUUACCAAAAUUGUUUAUGUGAAUUGUAAUUCAUAUCAUUGCUUUGCUGUUUCUGAGAAUGGUGUUGUUUAUUCGUGGGGUAACAAUCAACAUGGUCAAUGUUGCAAUUCUUCAGCCACAACACAAAUCUCAAUACCAACAGUGGUUGACUUUUCACCUUAUGAUGUUGUUAAACAAAAAAUUGUGUUAGGACACAAUGCAACCUUAAUAUUUACCAUGGAUGGAGGAGUUAUUGGUUGUGGAAAAGUUCAAAUUCCCUAUGAUUAUGAUCAAAAGGGAGUUGUGAAGAGAUUGUUGCCAUUCUUUAAUUUGACCUCAACCUUUGACAUUUCUCAAAUACCUGACAAGUAUCACUCGACCAUGUGUCUUAAGAAUGGAAAAACAUCAGAAACUUGGUACUGCUUUGGUAAAAACAAGAAGGGUUGCUCCGGUUUUGGAAAUGAUGUUCCACUUUAUGGUUUAACUCCUUCCGUGCAUUAUGGAGUGAAAAGUGGUGUAUUUUUCUUUACACAAUCUUCAGAGUUGAACUUUUAUUACAAUACCUCAAUUGGACUGACCUAUUUUGGAUCAGGCAGCUUAUUGAACAAGCCAGAUAACAUGGGAAAUAUUGUUCCAAUUGAAUGGUUCAGUACUUUUGGAAAUCUUUUCGAAACGAUACAAGCAAAUGACAGGUUUGGAUUCAUGAUCACAAAGCAAAGCCAUUGUUACCAUAGAGGUACUUUUUCAAAUUCUGUUUGUACAUGCAAUGGAGUCAACUUUAGUGGUACUACAUGUGAAAUCAAUACCAAUCCAGAAAUCUCAACAACUGCCAAACGUGUAACCACUACUUUUUUCAACAACAUGGGUUCAAAGGUGACACAAUAUUUCGAUACAUCCAAGUUUGAGCUUUUUGGAAAUUCUCCUUAUGGAUUCAAUACAAGCAGAAACACUUUGUCUGCAGUGAUGACUUUCUCCUCCAAACUUCCUUCUUCAGAAUGGACAGAAUUUGUAUUUUCAAUGGGCUCUUAUUCCUCUGCUAAUAUCACUCUUACUUUUUUACAAUCGGAUGACUCUAUUUCUGUCACAAAGCCAGUGAAUUUCAUUCUGUCUAUUCCAGGAGAAGGUGACAACUCUCUUUUGAGUAGGAAUGUUAUAAAACUUCACACGGACACACAAGUGAAGGUAAAUGUGGUUUAUACAGUGAAUAGUUUCUCAUUGGACACGAAUGUCGAAAAUCAAUGGCUGAAAGUCUAUGUGAAAAUGGAUGAUCAGCUUUAUCCUGAUGGCUACGUCAACGCAACCGCUUAUUUAGAGUCUGAACAAAAAAAUCGAAUGUUGAACGUUUACUCUGUCAAUUCAAUCACUCCAAAGAAUGCACAAUCAUUUCAAGCAUUGAACGACCUUUGUUCAACAGGAAUUUGUUCGACUGUAAAUGGUAUGAUCUCAGAAAUUCGACUCAACUCUUUCUUUAAUUAUAGCUUGUAUCCAAUCCUCAACGAUGAUGCAUUCAAGAAUGUUCAAGCAUUCAAAAGCAAUUCAAUCAGUUCAAUUCAAUAUCCGAUUCACCAAACAUUCAACUUUAGAAACUCAUUAAGUUUGAUCGAUCUAUCAAACAACGUCAACUUGGAACAAUCAGCAAGCUAUUUCGACACAAGCAUUAUUACUUACCGAAAUGACAUUUUUGUCAAUCUUUCGAACACAAAUGUUUGCGAUAUUCCUUUCGAAGAUUAUUUGUUGCAUCCAACGCACUAUGAUUUUACCAACUCUUACAUUUAUUGCAUGCUUCCAUCUUUCAAUAAUACUUGGUGCAAAUCUUUAACAUUUAGAAAGUCUAAACUUGUAUUUACUCAAUUCUUUGACUCUGCACAAUUAUCCAUUCCUUUAAAUAUUUGUAAUGGAUGUAAAAUUUUGAAUUGUUUGGACUUUUUAACUAUGGAAAAAUCAAGACUUUCUUAUUAUUUCCAAUUUCCAAAUGGUUCCACACUUGAUAUGAAUGACUUUGGAUCUCUAAUGGUUGAUAGAAACGACGAACAUGUGAACUUAUUAUUGGACAACUUUAAAGAAAAGCUCUUUCUUGAUUAUGAUGUUCAAUAUUUAGAGUUUGGAUUAAUCUAUAAGUAUGACAACUUCGUUCCAGCGAAACAAAAACUGAGAGGUACAUUGAAAAUUGAAUAUUUUAGAACUCUACCAAAUUUCAAGACAUAUCCCUAUAUUGUUCAAAGAGAUAGUGAAAAUAUCGUCGCUCUUGAAAGUAGCUUGUUGCCAGAUUUUUUGAGCUUUAACAAUAUUUAUUGCAAAACUGUUUUUGGAAAUACUCUUUUAGUUCAAAAUGUCACAGUACCUUCGAUUGGAACUUGCACGGUACGAAGUGGAGUUGAGUAUAACCAAAAUAUUACUGUUGAGCUCUAUGCUUUCCCUCACAACAACUUUUCAUCAUACAAAAUUGGUGAAUUUAGAGUUUAUGUUCUCAACUUUACCUUAACUCCAAACAUUAUUCAGAAAUACGCAACUGAAUAUCCAAUCAUGAAUAGCUAUGGACAAUCAAGUGAAUUGCAAAAUUUCCUGAUGAAUGAAAAUUUGGAAUUUAGAGAGAAUGAUCUUGUGGUUUAUCGUGUGAACACCACUGGUACCAAUUUGAAAAUUAGUUCUUUCAAUUCGCAACCAAUUACGAUGGAUUUAUACCAACAGAAUUUGGAAUUGUUUUUGAACGGGGCUUCUCUCUCACAAUAUUUCACUCAAUUGGUUUACAAUCCUUUUGUAUUGCAAAGAGUCAGUCCAUUACUCAGCUUUGAUGACAAUGUUGUGGUUUCAUUGUCAACAGAUCGUCCACUGACUACAAAUUUACCUUCCACGCAGAUCCAAUACCGCUGUUUCAAUACAGCUCGAAAUGAGUCAUUCUUGGCUUAUUAUUCCAAUAGCGUUUUUAAUUGUAACAUCACUGGAUUGGCAAAAAGAAGUCCUGAAACUUUGGAUCUUCGAGUAGAUGUUAAAAUUGAUCUCUUUAAUAAUGGAAAUUGGUUGAGUAUCUCGAGUAAUGUGUUGACAUUCUAUCAUGUCACUCGAAACAUGAAUCUUACGUUCACUCCAGACUCUUCUAAACUCACAUACAGAAGAUAUGACAUGAGCUCACCACCAUUACCCACAACAGUUAGUAUCCAAUUGUUGACUCCCUUCCAAAUACCAGAGAGCGAACUAUCAAGAUUCUCCAUAUGUGUUUUCGAUAGCUAUGGUGACAUUAUGAAAGAACGAUCUAACUACAAGCCUGAUAAUAUCAUGUCCGCUAUGGUCUAUGCUCGUUCUAUUGGAUAUACUGAUAUUUAUAUUUGUGGAGAUGGACAAACAGCAACAGUGCCUCUGAAAAUGCUUGUUUUGAAUUACACCUCCUACGAAGUGAAACCAUUGUUUGGUCUGGAGAAUCAACAAUCCUACACUCUCUACAUGUAUCAUUAUGGACCUCUCUUUUACUCAGAUUCUUUGUACAGCAUUUCGUAUUCAUGUGCAUUACGUUCUUCUCUUGGAAGCAACGAUUCAGUGUACAGUAACAAUAUUUCGACCAUUCACUUUGGAUCCUAUUACAUGACGAAAUGUACCUUCUCAGACAUUCGUGUGAUGUCUGGAGUGUUGCAUUCCUUCGAUUUAUUGGCACAACAUCAAUCGAUGAAUUAUACAUUUGGUCCAGCGUUUAUUGUUCGAUUUUUAUCUCAAAAAACCUUAGAUUCCACUUGGCCUUUUGUGACUCACGUUCCAGUGGAUGGAAUCAUUUCGACCCAGAUGUUGACCAAUGAUUCGGCCUUAUUCAUGACUCUUAAUACUCCACAACAACCUCGAUUUAAGUCACAUGUGGAAUGUCUCUUGUUUGAUGUUGGGGCUGACUUGCCUUUUAUAUCGACAACCAUGAGCUCUGGCUCCUUUGAUGGAAAUCAAUUGAUUUGUGAAUUCAAAGCUUUUGAUCCAUCUACAAGGUCUGGUCCGUUUGAAAUAUCAUUGGGUUCCUAUGUUCCUGAAGAACAAGCGUUAAUUGAAAUUUCUACAAGAGCAGUUCACUAUACUUACAAAGAUUGGAUCACCUAUCAAUUCUCAGGAUACCCAAUUUUAGAGAAAAAUAGAUCCAUUUCGAUCAAUUUUAAUUUAUUCACACCUUACAAACAAUUAACGUUGAAUUACUCUCUAAUUUCUUCGACUCCAAACAUUAGUACUCUAAUCACCAACUGUGAUUUUUCAGGCUCAAAAACAUGUCAAGCAAGUUAUUCCACACCUUACAUGACUGCACCUGUUCUUCAACAAUAUCAAAUUUUGGUGUCCUUAAUGAAUGGAAAUUUUGUGCAAAGUCAGGCAUUACGUGUGGAAAAAUUUGUGUACAAUCCAAGAAUUGAGAUUAGCAAUUAUCUACCUUUUAUUUUCGAUUUAACAUUGGGAGAGAAUAUUCCCAAUUUGAGAAUUUUAACCAAGUAUUAUUUGAACACUGAUUUCUCGUACAAGUUAAAGAUGAACACUGAUUUUGUUCCAAUCAAUAUCAUCGAUGAAGGAAGUCGAAGAGUCAUACAAUCCAACAAUAUUCUUGUUCCUUCAACUCCAACAGAUCUGGUUUCUCGUGUCAUGACAUCUUUUAAUGGAAUUGAUUUUACUGUGGACGAUCUUCCUUCUACGAUUUUCAUUCGAGAAUUAUUCACAGUUCCAAACAUUUUGAUUCAAUCCAACAAUUUGCAAAAUUUCACCAUUUCCACAGAUGUGACCAUUCCAAAACCCAUCAACAAUUCAUAUGCUCUUCAAUUUAUGAAUGUUGCGUAUCCUUGCACCUAUGAUCAGAAAACUUUCACUUGUCCGAUUCAAUUAUCGUAUUUAGGAACAGCCUUUUAUCAAGAAAAGUUAUCCUUGUUGGACGGUAAUGUCACCAUUACAAAAAUUGGACUUCCACUUGUAAUAUUCAAGAAGGUAUCUCUGGAUAGCGUUCAACCAACUUUGUUGCUUCAAAAUUCUCAACUCAACACCACUGUCAUACUUUCUCAAAACUUCUUUGAUCAAUUCGAUACGAAAGAGUUCAAAUUAAGUUGUGUAGUUCAAGAUGGUAAUUAUUCUGCGAUCAAUGUUGGAUCCAAGGGCGUCAAAUGCAACUUUAAUUCUUUGAGUCUUGGAAGAAAAUCUAUCAAAGUUUAUUUUGAAUCAAAUAACAAGUAUCGAACAGCAAAUCAGUUAUUAGUGAAUGAGGAAGAUGCCUCCAAAGAUUUUGAAGUAAUUUCUGCACCCAAAAUCAUGUUGGACCCACAAAUUCCACAAAGUACAUUAUAUUAUACUUUGGACUCUUUUUCGUUGGUGAAUAUUACCAUUUUAGUGACCAAUACCAACUUUUCCCAAGAUGGUACUUUGUAUGAUUUGAGAAAGGAAUUUGGAAUUCUUGGAAAGGACAAACUGAUUGAGUCCAUCCUUUAUCUUGGAAAGUCUGGAAAUGAUUACAAAUUCCAACUCUCGUUUUAUCCAUCCAAUGACUAUGAAGGUUAUGUUCCUUUCCGUCUCGUUAAGGUUGUGAAAUCUUCUUCAUCCAACUCUCGAGCUCUCACUUCAGAUGAUUACAUUUUGACUCAAAUUUCUGAUCUUGUCAUGACAUUUGUGAGAAGAAUAACCAUUUCUAGGAGCGUUCCGUCUUUUGGUGUUGAAUCCACCGAGAGAAGUGUUCAAAUUUAUUCCAAUUUCAACUUUUUACUCUUUUCUCCAGAUGCCUCUUUGCAGCAAGAUGGAAAAGUUGCUUUUCAUUGCAAAUAUGAUUACAAACCAAGAGUGGAUGUAAAUGUUUACAAAUAUACUUCAUCUGCAUCCAUAUUCAACAAUGAAGCUUUUGAGUGUUUGAUCAAGACACCUGAUGUUGGAGAAGUUCAAAUUGAUUUAUUUGUUACCAAAGACGGUACAACUUUACCAUUGAAUAUAAUUCCCUUGAGUUAUAUGGUACUUGACGGAUUGUUUUUACAACCAACAUCCUAUGGAUUGCGAUCUGAAGUCAAUAAUCGACAUGUGUCACCAUUCAAAGUUUCAAAAUAUGCGACACUCUCUGGAAUUUCAAACUUGGAUUUUUACAAUCAAUUUAUUGGCAAAAUUUCUCAACCAAACAUUGUCUUCUCUUGUGAGAAACAAUUAGUGGUCAAUGAUUAUCCAAUCUUGAACUGCACUCUUCCUGUAAUGGAUGCUGCAACUGUUAAUUCCUUCCAAGAAUACGAAAUGAAGAUCUACACAAGCCCAGACAUGUUAUAUGUUUCGAAUUUCUCAUUAGGAUGGGUUCCAACCACGUACCUCUAUGUUGAACAAAUUAGACCAUUAAUUGUUCAAAAAUCAGCGAAUAGAAAUGAUCUCAAGAAAUUUAAUGUCACCAUUAAUGGUGAUUCAAGAGUAAUUUCGAGUCAAUUACCUCAAGGAAACUUUGCCAUUUAUUUGUCAAAUACUGGACUGGCAAUGUUACCUUCCUCUUCGAAAUAUUCAAAUCUUGAGACUCAAUUAGCUGUUCAAACUUCUAGACUUCAAGAAAGUGUUCAACUUCAAUAUGUCAAUUACAACAUGCUCACUCCAAUCAUUGACAUACCUUCACAAGUUGCUCAGAAACAAGUGGUCAUUAACAAUGCAGAUCUUGUCACUCUCAAUUACGAUCCAAAUAGCAAACGAGGAUCAAAAUCAAGUAUCGAAACCAUUACUCUUUCCAUCACUAACAAUUUGGCAACCACUUUCAUGUUAGAAAAUGGAGGAUACGAUGGAUCCAUUCAAUGUUAUCAAAAAGACAAGAGUACUUUUUCUGUGGCAACUAUCACCUCUGUAACUCCGAGCUUGAUCACUUUCACAUGUACAGUUACUAAGGGAUCUUUCUUUGAUUACACACAAAUCUAUCAAACUUUACUCGAAGUAUGGUAUUUGAAUGAGAUUGCUGAAAAUGGAGCCAUGAAAAUAUCCUCCAAUGUUCUUUCGUUUUUAUGGCUUCCUUCAAAGAUCAUGGAACUUGAAAAUGUUUCUCCCUAUGCUUUUAUUUCAACGAUUGGAAACAUGGAUGUUACUCUUAAUGCCAACGAUUCAUUUGUUCCAAUUUCUGAAGGGUAUUCGUGUGUGUUGAAAAAUUCCCAAACAGGGCUCACUGAACGAAAACAAGGUAUUUAUAAGAAUAGUAAGACCAUUUCAUGUCCAUUCAACGUAGGAAAUUUAGUAUCAGGUGUCUUUACUAUUCAAAUUAAGUUUACAAUUGGUUCUAAUGAUGACUCCUUGACCAACGCAAUGGAGAUUUCAUUUAUUGAUCAAUACCAAACCAUUGAGUACAUUCAACCAUUUGUGACCUAUUACUUAUCAACAGCAAGAGGUUCUCAGUCAACUGUUUCCUAUUCGAUUCCAUUGAACUUUCUUCCACAGUCACUUUCAUGCGUUUUCCAAGAAGGUGACAUGAUCCGACAAAUGGUCAAGGUUUCGAAACGUCAAAACAAUUUAAUCGAUUGCUCGUUCACCAAUGAUGCCUCUUUCUUGGGUGACAAUGUCAUGACUUCUCUUGUCAUUGAUUUGGGAGGAAACAAUCUUUUGAACAUUUCCUCCAAUGCAGUCGAAUUGGUUCUCUUUAGGAGCAAACUUUCUUGGACACCACCACUCGAGAUUCUUACACAGUCUGUUUUAACUUCUAAUUUUGAGCUCGUCAAUUACUAUGUUCCAAUUUCAAAAACAUAUAAUUUGACUCAAACCAUUGUUGCAGUGCCAUACACAAAAUCCCAAAACAUUGCUGAUUUGAACACUGUUCCAUUAGAAUGUGCUUCAGCUUCGAAAUCAAGCGCAAUUCAAUUCACAAAUAAUGCAUCCAACAGGAAAUGUUUUGUGACUUCCGACGAUAUGGUUUUAUUUGUACCAAAAUCUGAAUUUAACAUUUCGCACAUUUCUCCCUUUGUUGCUGAUUAUCGCUAUGCCAAUGGAGUGGAUCAACAAUUCUUGUUCACGAGUACAAGUCUUAAUGCUGAGGAUUUCCAAAUCAUGUGUGAAUAUGGAUCCACCAAGGUCAAUAUGACUAAAGAUCAAAAAUGUGUGGUUAAACCACAACGAGAUGCAAAUGGAAAUCUAUUGAAAGGAAAUAGAAACAUUGUUUUGACAUGGAUGGGAAGAAAUUUAUAUGCUUCAAAGAAUUUCUUUGUGACAUUUAAUGAGUCUUUCACUUUGGAUCCAGUCAUUUCGUUUUUGGAAUACCCAACAGUCAUUCCAAUGAAUUCUUUUCUUCCAAUUCCAUUUGGAGGAAGCUUUGAUGGCUACAACUUUGAAAUUGGUAUUUACGAUAAGCAGAGAUUGAUUGGAACAGCUCCCUGUACUCAACCAACCAACAAUAGUCCUUUCCUUAAUUGCACCAAACCUUACCUCUCUUACAAGACAGAAAAGGCCAUCACGACCAUUCCACAGUUAUUGAUCAAUUCUCAACUAGCAUUUCGACUACGAGGUGACUUGAUUUUAUACAACAAACCUACUGCUACUUUGAAACGAAAUUACCUUGUGAUGGAUACUAAAAUAUCUCUAGACAUUUCUGGUUCAUAUUUCUUCAGUAGAGAUAGUGUCACAUUGAGCUUGAGUAAGAAUUCCACUCAAUUGAAUUUCCCUGCACGAUGGAUGAGUUCUUCACUGCUUACGGUUGAGAAUGUUUGGAUUCCUUCCUCCUCAACCUCUUUCUCCUCAUUUAGUGCCAAUUUAAUGUUUGGAUCUGGAGCGUCAGUGUCUCUUCCAUUCGUCUAUCCAUACGAUCCAUCUCAGAUCACUAUCGAUUCGUUUACCAUUGAUACUUCUCAAAAGGAUAAGAACUUGUAUGUCGUUGCAUCCAAUGUUCAAAAAGUGAUGGAAAUUUCGCUGAAUACUUCCGGUUUAGUCAUUAAUUCCUAUUCCUGUAAGGUCAAAUUUGACGAUGGAACCAUUUCUUCAAUUUUGGAUGCAGUCAUCUACGGUGGACAUUUAAUUGAAACUCGCACACCACUCAUGUGGUAUCACGACUUGAUUUUCCCUCGAAUUAUUUCCUUCUCGGUUUCAAUUGACGAUGGAUUCACAUUUAUCACAUCUCCCAAAGCAAAAUUUUCAAUGAUUGAAGGAAGUAUUAGUAGCAUUCAACUUUCAAACUAUUUAUUCUUUUCAGAUGGAUUGAAUCAAGUGUCCAUGAUCAAUGCUGGUUUCAACUCUUCCAAUAUUGAAAUUGCUCUUUUGAGAACUAAUACUUCUGGUAUCUUGAAACAAGAUUUUAUUUCGAUGAGCUGUACGAAUCAAGGAAUAUGUGUAUUGGAUUGGUCACAAGUGGUGUUCACAAAUAGUUUUGAUGUUGAAUUUUAUGAAUUUGAUCGAAUGAGAAUUGAGAAAAUGGCUUCCUCAAAAAUCUUCUAUUUAGCGCAAAAGGUUCUUUUAUUCAACAAGAAUACGAAAUUGAAACAAAUACCAAUUUCGCUCUCACACAAACAAAUUCAACAAGGAGCAAGCACUACAUUAAGCAUUACAUUACCUGCAACCGUAUCUAAUGGUCAUUUGUCCAAUAUUCCAAAGGUUUACUUGCAAAUUUCAUGCCCGGAUAUUGUCGGUGCGACACUUGCAACUUCAGUUCAAUGGACCUCACCCACUUCAUUCAUCAUCACUCUAGAUCAUGUACCAGUGGUUCAAUUUGUUUCUACAUUGACACUCUUCUCAAUUUCAUUUGAUAACCUCCAUUACCUGUCAGUUGUCAAUGAUGGAAAUAACAAAGUGACCAUGUAUCAACAAUUUAGCUUUACCAUCACCAAUCAAUAUCAAAAAUCAAAAGCUUCUACCUUUGCGGGUACACCAUUCAAAAUUACCUUCCUUAAUGCAUUACUCAUUGAUGACUCUAUUCCAAUCAAAUUCAAAAUUUCAUCCCCUUCUUAUCCUCAAUUCUUCACUCCCUAUUAUGGAAUUGCCUCUCGAGCGACUAUCACGAAUGGCGCUAGAUCUAUUUCAACUGUUUCACAAUUAUCCUUAACAGCUCCAUCAGUAUCCACUUUAUUAACAGUCGAUAAGAGUAUGGUCCGUUUCCCAUCGACAUUAAGUCUUGGAAUUUCCAUUCUCGGAGAUGAUCAAUAUAUCUCAAAUGAUCUUGUCUAUGACGACUCGAUUGCUGAUCCACCAGUCAUUGUCAGCGUAGUUCCAAUGGAUUUACCAAUUUUGGAUGAAAUGAAUGGAAUGGAAAUUAAGGCGUCUUCCAUCUACCCAAACAACACCUUUUGUAUUUUCAGACCUUUCCGUGACUCCAAUGAUACCUAUGUCAUCAAUGCCAACUUUAUUGAUGAUUUCUCAAUCAGCUGUUCUGUGAAUACUCAAAUGUUAGUGUCAGCAUUGCAACUUGAAAAUACUAUGGAAGCAGUUCUCUCCUUAAAAUCCAAUUUAGAUGAAAGUAGAGAAAAUGUCAAUGUUCCUCUUUACAAACAAAUUAGAAUUGAUUCCUUCACUCCAUUGCAAGGUCUGACCACAGGUCAAUUCCAAUCCACUUUUUAUGGUAAUUUCCCAAUUCAUCCAAAAGAAGAAGUAUAUCUUGCACAAGGCAGAAUGAAAUUCCGUGUCAAGUUUGGCUCUCGAGAAACUGUUGCUUGUACUCGAAUUUCAUCGAAUAUUGUGACAUGUAAUGGUACAUCAAAUCCUGUCUCUGAAGUUGAAGUUUUCCUUUCAAGAAAUUCGUUGAAUUAUGUGAAAGCAGCAAACAAAUUCACAUAUAUUGGAUGUGGACCUGGUUAUGAACAAUCUUCCUUUGCUGAAUUAUGUAAACCAUGUCAACCAGGUUUUUACAAAAAUUACACUGGUGGACCUUGUAUUGCAUGUGAUGUUGGAUCUUACACUUCCUCUUUUGGCUCCACCUAUUGCACUAAAUGUCCUUCACUUCAAACCACACAAAGCACGGGAGCUGUUUCCAUCAAUGACUGUGGAUGUCCUGCUUUCAAGUACUAUUAUGAUGUAUUCAAAUCACGGUGUGAACCAUGUCCAAAAGGAGCCAAAUGCUCAUUUUUUAAUACGACCUAUCCAACAGCACUUUCAGGGUAUUGGCAUUCGAAUGCAUCAGGUUACAAUCCUUACAACUUUUAUGAAUGCAUUCCAAGCAGUUCAUGUGGUGAAGGUCAGUUUGAAAAUUGUACCGAAGGUUAUACUGGUUAUGUGUGUGGUUUAUGUGAAGAAGGAUAUUAUCGAAGUUCAAGAUCUUGUCAAAAAUGUUCAGCAUUGGCUCCUCUCUUCUUGGCCCUCUUGAUUGGUGGUGUCGCAGUCAUUGCUGUCAUAUUCUUUAUGAUUUCUUCAGUCAAAGUUCAUCACAUUUCCUCACUUUCGAUUGCUCUCUUCUUCUUCCAAGUGAAUAGCAUGUGGACGAAAUUUGAUUUACAAUUACCAACAGAGAUUUCAGGACUUUUCACAGCAUCUUCUGCUUCAACCUUCAAUUUUGAUUUUAUUCAAUUCCAAUGUGUAUUUCCAAUUGGAUUUGUUCCUCAAUGGAUUUUAAAGAUGUGUAUUCCAAUCAUGUUAUUGGCACUCUUUGUGUUUUUAUAUGGAUUGGGAGAGUUGAGAAAUUUAUUUGCCAAAUGGGUAGGACAUCGAAUUAAAUGGAAGAAAUGGCCAGUCACUUCACUCUAUCAUGAACUCAUUCAACGCAAUGAGAAAGAAGCCAAGCUUGAAUCCAAACUCAAGAAAUUUAAAUUCUUUAUUUCGGGAUUCUAUUAUUCCUUAAAAGUGGCCAUUUACAAGUUUCAACACAAAAUCAUUUGGUCUCUCACCACGUAUUUACUAAGAAAGGAAAUGAAGAAAUUCAUGAAUAAUUGUAUUCAUUCGUUCAUUACCUUCCUUUCUCUGGCAUACAUGUAUAUCAUACAGACCUCAGUGGAUAUCUUCCUCUGUAAGGGACAAAACGAUGGAACUAAGAACUUGGAACAAGCACCUCACAUUACCUGUUUUGAAGGAAGUUGGUGGAUCAUGUUCCCCUUCUCUGUGAUUUACUUUAUUUUGUUCGGAUUGGGAGCUGCUGUCUUUUUCAUUUAUACAGGAAUUCGUUACAGAAAAGUGAAGUUGUCAGGAGAUGAUGAUUUCAUUCAGAGAUUUAAAUUCCUCUUCACCAAAUUUAAACCUAGAUAUUUCUAUUAUGAGAGUAUUAUUACUGUGAGAAAAUUGGUCUUCUCAGUUCUCUACGUGUUUUUAGCUCCACUUCAAGUGAUUGCUUUGGGAUUUAUUUUAAUUUUCAUUUCAUUUGUGAUUCACAUGCAAUUAGUUCCAUAUUCGAAAAAGAUGCAUAAUUUGAUUGAAUAUGUGACAUUGGUGGCGACCUUAUUCACACUGUUUUUGGGAGUGGUCUUUUUCUAUGAUGUUUCAUCAUUGCAAGGAGUGUUAUGGAUUCGAACUUUUGCUCUAGUAUUGACGAUCAUUAUUUUCGUUUUAACUUCUGCCGUUUUGGUCUUGGCAGUGUUGUGGGACAUUCGAACGAGAAAAAAGAAGGAAGAGAAGAAGAUUAAGGAAAAACUGGAAGAAAUUAAGAACUUAUUGGCAACCAAUGAAGGAAAUGACUCUAAAGUGAGUGAGCAAAUGAUGGAAACUAUUGUUUUUGGAUUGGAUGUAGAUGAAUUGGAUGACGAAACUCAGAAUACAACCGAUUUGACUUCAUCGAUCACCAACAAGAAGGAAACAAUUAACGAUGUCUUUUCAAAUCUGUUCUCAUUGGAACGAAGAAAAAAGAAAGCUAAGAAAAUCAAAGAUACGGGAGCCAAGUUUAAGAACAAGUUAAAAACCAAGACCACAAGUACUUCUCGUGGUCUUGGUGGUGGUGAAGAUUUGUCAUCCAUCAAUGAAGAUUUAAUGAUGAUUGAAAUGGACGUGACAACAUCCACCACAGACAAUAACAAAACUUCACGACAAGUAGCAACUACAAGCUCGAUGACAAAGUCUGAGAAAGUCGUAUCAGAAACCCCCAAUUUGUUCCAAUAA